UGUGUAUAUUCAAGUUACCCAAUUGACUGAAUAUUUGACCAUGUAUUUCACAAGGAGCAUGACUUUUCAAAAUAAAACCACUUUCACCGGAUGUCCCAAUGUGAAGGCCUGACGGAUGGAGCAGUAAGUGAACCUUUGUUUCCGUCUUCAAUGAAAAAAGGUUUGUUAUUAUGCUUGAAACCAUUAACAGUAUAAAGAAAACCAAAAAUAUUUCUCUACAACGCUUUAAACACAGGGUUUCUAGGGGGAAGGAGGAGCAACUGAUUUUUAUAUAUGAAUACAAAACAAAAACAGUGUUAGCGUGAAUAAACUUAGUCUUCAAUUAAAAUCAUCCAAAUAAUAUAUAAGUUGAAUCCAUCUAUUUAUUGUCUCUGGAGAAUGCAGAGUUCAUAUUACUGCUAGAAAAUUACGAUAUGAGAGAUAUAAAAACAGAGCGGAACAAAACGUUAACUGUCCUUCUCUGUCGGAACUUUAUCGUGGAACACCAGGCGGAAGUGGUUUGUUUCUUAAACUCCCUUAGUGGUGUUGUGUUUAUGCGUUAGUGGACUGAGCUGGAAGACGGUUGUGUCGUCGUGUUCCAGAUAAAUGUCUGAGCUGUUGAAGCAACAAUGUCUGGAUCUGAGAGUUUGAGAGAGUUGAUCAUCGAGCGACUAACUGCUGCUGCUGAAGAAAUAUUCGGACUCUUUGAAAGAACUGUCGUCCAGUACGAGGAAGAGAUCGAUCGUCAGCGCAGACUGCUGGAUAUCACCUGGAAACCUGACAUAGAGUUACACAGAAUAGACCUCCCACAGCAACAUGUCUGCAAAGAGGAGGAUUUUCCCACUGACCAGCAGCUCUGUAACCAGGAGUGGAACUCCAGUCUGGACCAGGAGGAACCAGAACCUCCAACAACUCAAGAAGAACAGGAGGAACCAGAAGUUUUUCAGAUGAAAGAGGAACAGGAGGAACCAGAAUCUCCAACAACUCAAGAAGAACAGGAGGAACCAGAAGUUCUUCAAAUGAAAGAGGAAAAGGAGGAUCCAGAACCUCCACAGAUUAAAAGGGAACAGGGGGAACCAGAACUUCUGCACAUGAAAAAGGAACAUGAGGAACUCUUUAGCAGUCAUCAAGAAGAACAUCUUGUAGUGAAGCAGGAGACUGAUUCCUUGAUGGAGACUCCUACUGAUGAGGAAAGUGAGCACAGUGAACCAGAACCAAACAGUGACCAGCUCCUCUGUUAUAUUUCUCCUGUAGCCGAGAGCCCAGAACAGGAAGGAAGCAGGCAGGUAGACUCAGGAUCAACUAGGAAUGUGGAGCUGAAUCCAAAGAGGAGAGACACGAGUCACAGUAACAAUGGAGACAACUUUCCCAUGUCAGAGAGUCUGUGUGGUACUGACACAAGUCAAAAGUCUGUAACAUGUAACAUCUGUGGAAAGACAUUUAAGAAUAACUCUGAAAUGAAGAAACAUUACAGAUUUCACACAGGUGAGACACCUUAUCAUUGCAACACAUGUGGUAAAAGUUUCACGCAGAGGAGUGGUUUGAUUUUACACACCAGGAUUCACACAGGUUUGAGUACGUAUUCUUGUAAAACGUGCGGUAAAGUUUUCAGUCAAAGUAGUAAUUUAACUAGGCACUUGAGGACUCACACAGGUGAGAGACCGUACCUUUGUCAAAUAUGUGGUAAAAGCUUUAUUAACUGGUCAUCAAUUAGAGAUCACAUGACAAUCCACUCAGGUGAGAAGCCGUUCUCUUGCCAGAUAUGUGGUAAACGUUUCAGUCAAAAUAGUGCCCUGACACGUCAUACGAGGACUCACACGGGGGAGAAGCCAUAUCCUUGCAAAACAUGCGGGAAGUGUUUCAAUCAAAGUAGUGCUUUGACUAGGCACAUGAGGACUCACACAGGUGAGAAGCCGUAUGGUUGUGACGCAUGUGGUAAAUCCUUCAGUCGUAGUACUCAUUUAAGUAAGCACAUGAGGAUUCACACAGGUGAAAAUUUGUCAUCCUGAAACACCUGUGGGAAAAAUAUCCGGAAAGCUGAGCUUGACCUUUAAACAUUGUAACCGUAGCAGACAUUUGAGCUAAUUGUUCUCUUAAGUCCAGGUGAAAUUAAGUUAUUUCAGAUACAAUGUUCAGCAAAAACAGCCACUCUCCUUAAGCACAAAAAUAUCAAACCUGCACAUGGAAACAGACGGAAGAAGACAUCUCUGCCUGCGUAGGACGAUCAUCUAAAGCUCCCUUCACACAAACAAAGUGUGAAAUGGUCGACCUGGUGUUUCAUCCCGGAAAUUGAACUGGGAUUUUAUCGACCAGGCUUCAGUGUGAACAAGCAUCCCACGUCGACCUGCUAAUUUACAUCAUGACGUUGGUGUACCAAAGUUUUGGUCUACGCCCCUAAGAGACCGAUCUCUUUACCGAUCGUGGCAGCGCACUGGCAAGACGGUGAGAUCGGAGAAGAGGAGAUAUGGCGUUAGAUAUCGGGCAUAUCGGGAUUUAUUGGAAUAUCAGCAGCCUUUUUAAAGAGCUGGGGUUUGACCGCUCCAUUCUUCAGGUCAUCAACAAACUGAAAGCGUUUUCUUUUUUUUCCAAAAAAAACAAACCGCAUGAGUUGAGUUGAGUUAUGAUGGUGUCUCAGUCCUAUGAUGUGCAGUAUUAUUUAUACAGAUGAACAAGUUUCCUUCGGUCAUUUGGAAAUUGCUCCCAAGCUUGACCCAGACUUGUCGAGGUCCACAACUUUGUUUUCUGAGGUCUUGGUUGAUUUCUUUUCUGGCUUGGUAGCGAUCUCUGCGUCUUUGGUUACUCUUCACUUUGAACGUACAAACUGAAAGUACAUUCAUGGUACCACCCACAACUUGAUGAUUGGUUUAUGUUGCAGUUCCUCACUGUGGCCAAUAUCGGGUAGUAAGUGUUGUGAAUUCCUCCUGAACCCUUAUGAAUAAUGUUAUUUCAUUAUAGUGACAAUGAUGACAAGUUAUUCAUGUUGCUUUGUCCAGUUAUUAUGAUCACAAACACUGUUCAUUUCUAGCUACUUAAAAUGCAGUAUUGCAGAUCCACACUAUAACCACGAGAUGGCAGUAAACAGGCAUAUUUCAGACGUCUUCCAUCAAGCUCCAUUACAAAUUUAUUUUAAUUAAAUGAAUCAAAAACAAAUGUAUACAUGUUAGUUAUUGGAAGUUAAAAGACAGGCUUGUUAUUGACAUGAAAACAUGUUAGAUGUCAUUAGUAGCAGCAUGAGCAGCUGUGACGGUGAAGCUUCCAGUUUAACCAGAAAAUAUAUCGAGACAAACAAAUAAGCAUAAUUAAGUCAAAUUUAGAUGUAGACCUGUAAUAAAAAUAAUGGAAUAUAUGGAUAUUUCAUUGAAAAAUAAACAAUAAAGGAUUGUAAUUUGACUGAAUGUGUUGUUGCAGCGUUUAUUUAUGUUUAUUUCCUUCAAAUCAUUUUGAGUUGUUCUUCUGAUCAUGUUUUUAAGAUGACUUUUAAAAUGACUCUUCACUUCUGUCUUCGAUGGUUCACCGUUGGGGCUUUUUCUAUAAGAAGUGACUAUUCAUCCUUUUUGGUUAAUUCCUGCAGAGUAACACUCCUCCAUAACAGACUGAAGCUGAAUACACGUGCAGACAUAUUCAUUUUUUUUUCUCUUAGCUUUGAAAAUAGUGUGACGCUGUAACAGAACAACGUUCUACAUGUGCUUUCAUAGCAGACUCAUUCUGUUACUCAUUCAGAUGCAGUGAUGGUUUUAAUUGAAGAGGUUUAUCAGAAAAGGGGAUGCAGACAAAUGCUGGUUAAAUGUGACAGUGGAGCUAAAUGACACACAUGGUAUCAUCAUGUAUCUGAUAGAAAGUUGUUCACACAGAAAUGUUUGCAGAACUUAGUAAAUAUGGACACAUAUGGAAAAUAACCAUCCUCCUUCCAGCUUUGGUCGUCCAUUUCUACCACAGUCUCCGAAUGAUUCCACGCUAUGUUCAAAAAGCCAAAUCUCCAUUUCGUCCAGUCCACCGUGUCCCCACACUUAAGCUGAGUUUUGACCUCGUCCUUUGAUCUGCAGACCUGCAACCACUGCUGCUCUUCUUUCCUCCGUGAAAUCACGACGUGUCUCAUCCUGUUCUCUUUCUCUGCAUUGAUUUCAAAGGCAGAUGUUUUCCUGUGAUGAAGUGAAUCCUUCUCAGGAAUAUAGUAACUAUAUCCUGUUCACAUAUUCUUGUGUGUAUUCUGUGUUAUAAGAUAUUGUAACAGAAGUAUUUUACGUCUGUGUCGUAUCUACAAAUAUUCAGCGGAGUGGGACAAGGAGAAACAACGUUCUCCAGCUCUGUUUUUUUUUAUCCAAUUUAUCUUAAGUUGAUUAUAAAAUAUAUUCUCUCAUAUCUGUUCAGGUGUAAAGUUACUCUCCCCUGUGAACUUUCACUGCUAGUUUCAUGACAAAUAUUCUUUUAUUUUUAUGAGACAAGGAUUAAAAUUGUCUAAUGAAGCAGAUCUUUUCUCACGGCUGUCACAGGGGUAAAGCUUCUCCCCGGUAUAUGAUCUCAUGCAGUUUUUCUGUGAUGUUUCUUCAUUUUGUUGCUUUGAUAAUAAAUAAUUAUUUCCGGUGAACAUGUGUUUUAAAUGUACUCUCAGCUGUAAUGUGAACAGAUGCUCUGACACUAGAAAUGUGUUUAAAUACAAACCAUUUAUUGAUUAUAAAACCACAGCAACAUUAAUGAACUCCUAAUUUCUUCUAUCAUUUGUAGCUGCUGAAUUGCUCAUAAUUCUGAGAGUUCAGAUUUCAUUAAUGUACAACUUACUUUAACACUAGACUCAAAGCACAAUGUCUUUGACACAAAAUAUGACAAAAUCUAAAAUCAAUUCUUGGAAUAAGUUAUCUUGGAAACUAGAAAACAAGAAAAUCAAAAAUCAUGAAGAAACAUCAAAUACAAAAAGAGCCAAAAAGAACUUCAUAGAUCAUCCAGAGUACUUCAUUUUCACGUAUCCUUCCUGUAAAAGUUUAGUUCUUUGUUUUUGGAUAAUUUACCACAUAUCCACUGCACAUUUUAUCAGCAGCUAAUUGACCGAAUUACCAAAUUUAAUAAACCAACCUUACACAGUUUGGUAUGCAGUUAGCCAUGUUCUCUCAGUUCUCAGCAUUAAAAAAACAAAACAAAA